AUGCAGAGGGGUUCUUUUACACGGGGGCAGAAGCUUCAUGCUGUGCGUGGGGAGAGUUAUGAGUGCUGUGCUGCAUCUGUUUUGCGCACUCUUGUAGCACUCCCACCAUGGGGGCUGUCUGAAUGGAGCAAUUUCGCGGCAAUUCUAUGUGCCCUUGACUGCACUCUGCUACCGCUGCUCACGGCAGCGAUUCCUUUGGCAGGCUUUGUAGCCGACACACAGCACCUCGAAGCCAUACACACCGCCUCUCGAUGGGUGGCAAUGUAUGUGGUGCUGCCCCUCGGCGGCUUUGCUGUAGCUGCAAACUAUAUUCAGCUCCGAAAGAGGCGGCUACUGCUGAUGGGAGUUGCGGGGUUGUUUCUGGUGCUCGUUGCACACGCUGGAUGCAGCUUCCACGAUCACGGGCACGAACACAUGCAUUUACCUGCUGCUGCAUCGCAGAAGCAGGAGUCUCCAAGCCACAGCCAUCAUGAGCAGCAUCUAGAGCAGAAUCAGAAGGAGGAGGAACAGCAAGAUGCGACGCAGGGGCAGCAGGAGGCCCACGAGGAAACAGACCAGCAGUGGUAUGCUGUAGUGCUACGUUUGGUCAGCACGCACCACACCCUUGUUUCACUAAUAGGCGCUGGAUUGCUGCUGUGCAGCAACUUCUUGUCCCAUAGACUUAAGCACAGACUAGGUCACCAUGACCAUUGCUGCAGCAAGGGCAGAAAGAGCCACAGCUUCAAGAAGAAGCAGCUCGAAAUGGGGCGAGGAGACAGGGAACAGGCUGAUGAUCACGAUACCACUUCUCUCCUAGGCCACGACUAA